AUGGGCUAUGUUCGUCUUCAAGGGAAGAAGCUGAAGGCGUUGGGGGGCGAUGAUCACUCCAGCUCGGUGAUCGACGUAGGUGAGGCGGUCCGACGGCCGAUUUCACGUGAUCUAGUUGUUGUCUUGGCAUAUAGGCCAAACAGAGAAGGUACUGGGGAAUCGACCGUGUGGGCCCAACAACGUCUCUACUUUAACUCUAUAAAACGUAAGGCCCAACAACGUCUCUACUUUAACUCUAUAAAACGUAAGGUUGAUCCGCGCAAAGCAUUUGUCAAUGACUUGUGCAAACAAAUUCAAAAGUGGAGGGACGAGGGUUGCGAAGUUUUGCUGGGGAUCGAUGCUAACAAAGACCUUUCGGUUAACUCCCCGGACUCCAUACGGCAGCGGUUCCAUGAGUGCGGAAUGGAGGAAGCGAUUUUGAAAAGGCAUCCCCCAACCGCUACCCAUCAACAAAAUCAAAGCAACGUUCCCAUUGAUGGGAUCUUUACCACUUCGGGUGUUCCGGUUCUUGCUGGUGGCUACUACGCGUUCGGCGAGUUUGUUGAGGCAGACCACCGGGCUCUAUGGAUCGAUAUCGACUUGAACACAGCUUUGGGCAGUUUUAAACCCCAGGAGUCUACCUUUCAACCUCGCAAACUAACCCUUUUGGAUAAGCGGUCGGUUAGACGCUAUCUACAACUGGUCCACUUGGGUUACGAGGAGUAUGACAUCCCUUCCCGUCUUACCAAGCUAAAUCAGCGUAUUGAAUCCAAUGAGCGACAGAUGUCACUCCCGCUGGCACGCAAAUAUAACUGCCUUCACAGGCAGAUGUAUAUGAUACGGCGGCAGGCUGAAGACAAUUGUCGCACUACCUCAUCUGGCAAGGUUCCUUGGUCUCCAAAAUUGCAGGGCUUCUGGGAUCGAUUGAGUCUCUGGAAGCUACUCCUUAAAGGCCGUAAACGCUGCAGGGUGAGCUCACGCAAGGUCCAGCGCCUGAUGAAAAAGACAAGGCUACGCGACGCAUGGACGAGGACAACUGAUGAAUUGGAAGAGGCAUUGGUAGCUGAACGUCGGGCUUAUAAGCAAGCCAAACAUCAGGCAACCCAAUUGAGGCGGGACUUUCUUACGGCUCAUACAAAGGAUGCAAAGAAGAAGAAAUGGAAAUCCCAGAAGGCCCACAAUAGAUUCCUUUGGUUACGACAAAUGAAGCAACAAGAGGAGGCGAGACGCCGUCGUCGCGCCCAACAAAAGGGAUCUACCGGGGGUUUACGGGCUAUUCAGAUUGAAGAAAAGUUACCAGAUGGCACUACACGGCUGCGUACUAUCACUGAUCGUGCUCUGGUUGAAGAAGGUUGCAUGCAAGAAAAUGCGGCACGGUACGACCAGACGCGUGCUCCAUAUACAACUCCACCUAUGGCGGAACCCUUGUAUACAGCAUUCACCGGGGCUCAGGCUGAAUCCAAUUCCAUUGCACUAUUGGAAGGACACUACUCCCUGCCUGACCUUCUCGACCCCGCUACUACGGCCUUUCUUUCACAUUGCCAAUUUCACAAGGAUCACUUACCUGUACACCUUGAGGUUACGACUUCUGAUCACGUGUACUUCUGGUCUCGGAACCCAGAGGACAAGGGUUCUGAACCUCAUGGGUUGCACAGCGGACACUUCAAGGCAGCGGCCCAGUCACCAGUUAUUGCCUAUUGCAGUGCCCUUUUUUGCAAUUUUCCGUUGGCAACGGGAUUCGUCCCCUCAAAUUGGCAGAACUUGAUGAAUUUUGCAAUUGAGAAAAAGGCAGGUGACUUCCGGCUGUCGAAAAUGCGCACUAUUCAGUUAAUGAAUUCGGAGGCACAGGCGAACAACAAAAAGGCGGGUCACGCGGUCAUGCGAUAUGCCGAGGAACACUCCUUGAUUCCGGACGGUCAGUGUGGUUCUCGGAAACGCCAUCAAGCUAUCGAUCUGGCCCUGUCCAAACGUCUGGUCUGGGACCUGUUGAUUCUCCAACGACGCGCGGCUGGGUGGAUCUCUAAUGAUGCCAAAUCCUGCUUUGAUCGUAUUGUUCAUUGGGUGGCAAUCAUUGCGAUGCUCCGGUUUGGGCUGACAUGGAGAGUCUUAUCUUCCAUGUUCAACAUGCUCUCGUCAGCAACGCAUCGGGUGCGGACAGGCUUUGGCGAUUCCGAUAGUAGCUUCCAGCCUCCUUCUGCUAUCCCCUUUCAAGGAUAUGGCCAGGGUAAUGGAGCAGGUCCUCCCAUAUGGAUCUCGGUGAGCUCUGUUCUCAUAACCAUGAUGCAAGCGAUGGGUUACGGCUUUGAGUGCCUCUCAGCUCUGGAGUCACAAUUGGUCACCGCUCAAUGCUUUUGCUUUGUUGACGACACUGACGUCAUUGAGGCUGGCAAUACAGUCCAUCACUCGGGUGAAGCUAUAUGCGCAUCCGUGCAGGCAGCAGCUACCUUGUGGGCGGGGGGUAUCCGAGCUACUGGAGGUGCGAUUAACCCUGAGAAGUCCUUUUGGUGGCUCAUCAACUUCGAUUGGGACUCCCGCACAGGCAAAUGGAAAUUCCGUGGGAAAAAAGCAGUUGCCCCCGACUUUGAACUCCAAAUUCAAGGUCUAUCAGGAGCUACUGAAUCCCUGCGUCGUCUUGAACCAGAUGACUCGGAACGCACUUUGGGAGUUAUGCUUGCUCCUUUGGAAAACCUUAAGGCUCACGAGGUUCAGAUGAUUGCUAAAGCCAAGGAUUGGGCAGAACAGCUUCGACCCAACCUUCUUCACAAACAUGACGUCCUCCCCCUCAUCAGGUCGACCAUCAUGAAGAAAUUGGAGUAUCCUAUGGCGCUAACCACCCUGAAUGCCCAGCAAUGGACAGACAUUAUGUCUCCAGUACUUCAAGUAUGCCUUCCGAAGGCAGGUGUCUGUCGUAAUUUCCCUCAGGAUGUCGUAUUCGCUCCGCUGCCCUACCAGGGUCUUGGACUGCCACAUCCGUUUGGUUGUCAAGUGUUUAAGCAUAUUGAGAUGUUGCUCCGACAUAUGGCCAACAGGACCAAAACUGGUGACUAUAUGGAGGCCAACUUCCAAGCCCAUCAACUUGAAACGGGGACAUCCUUUGGACUCUUGCAACAAGUCUACAUCAAUACGGCGAUCUUAGCUUCAGACAUGUGGAUGAAACGAGUAUGGCAUGAGCUCGAGGGUCUGGACAUCUAUGUCGCCUGUGACUCUCCCGUUCUCUCCCAUCGCUGUACGGACGACUCCCUUCUCAUGGAUCUCUUCAUCAACUUGGAGGUUGAACAAGAGGAACUUUUAUGGCUCAAUUGGUGUCGAAUGUUCCUCCAGGUCUGCACAGUGUCUGACAUUGUGACUGCUGAUGGCAGGUUUAUUCGUCGUUCCGCGUGGAACGGGCUCAGGGAUGAGUGCUGCCGCUCGCCAUACCAAUGA